AUGGCGAUAAUUUAUUCCAGAUGUUCAAAUAGUCUGACAGAAACGAUGACAACUGAGUCAAAAACCACAUUUACAACGGCUGAAUCAAUUAGCACAUCGUUUCCAUCCUAUGAAAGACAAGAUGCUGCUGCUACUACCGACAAACAAGAAGUCAAAAACGAUCAAUCAGUACCAAUAAAAGAUUUGAAGUUUUGGCUAAAAAUUAUUUGUACACAAUUUCUUAUUCGUCAUCCAUUUUGGAAAAGUUUUUCAUUACCAAUUAUUCUCGGUCAACUAUCGACACAUUCUAAAACUGAUUAUUCUGAUACAAGACAUUUAUAUUUUGUUUAUGGUAUUAUAGCAUUCCAUUUUUUAAGUGGUAUAUUGAUUAGUGAUAGAAAGUUUCGACAUGCUCUUGGAUUUUUACCACAUAUAUUUGGAUUACUGCUUUCAGCCUAUUUAUUAUCAACAGACGUAUUUCAAAAACUUAAUCCAUGGAUAAGAAUACGAACAGUAACACAUGCUCUAGGUACAAUGUCGACAAUAUGUUUUAUCUCAAGUUUGCAUACAUCUAGUGCACGAUUUCGGUCUAUUUUACGUUAUUUAUCAUUGUAUCUAAAUGUUUUUUAUUUGGUUUUAAAUUCAUAUAUCUACUGGUGGAGUAAUGAUGAAAUACGUUUGUAUGGAAUACCAUUGUAUGGAUUUCUAAUACGUAUUCAUGCAAUAAUAUGGCUCAUUGUAUCUGCUGGAUUUUGUCUCGAUAUAUAUAUCUUGCGAGCAUGUCAAGUUUCAUUAUAUUUAACAAUUCUCAAUCUAUUUAUUGAUAUGCAUAUGCGAUUUUGGACAAAUAUUGUGCAAAUCAACUUCUGGAUACAAUUCGAUUCGAUUAUCGAUGAUCUUGUGAUACUAUGUGGAUAUUUUUAUUUAUAUCAGUUUUACAUAAAUAAACAACCAAAAACGAAACCUAAAGCUGAAUAA